CUCGAGCCUACAAAUACCCCACGCUUGCCUCCCUCCACAUCCCCAUCCUCCAAACCCUUGAUCGCGAGUGAGAGAGGAGCAAAUGGCGUUGGCCGCCUUCAUCUCUGUUGCCUCCCUACUGGCCCUUCUUGCCCCGGCGGCUGCGCGCAUUCCUGGCGUUUACACUGGGGGCCAGUGGCAGAGCGCCCAUGCCACAUUCUACGGCGGCAGCGACGCGUCCGGGACCAUGGGAGGAGCGUGUGGGUACGGGAACCUGUACAGCCAGGGGUACGGGGUGGAGACGGCGGCGCUGAGCACCGCGCUGUUCAACGAGGGGCAGAGCUGCGGGGCGUGCUUCGAGAUCAAGUGCGCGGAUGAUCCGCGGUGGUGCCACCCCGGGAGCCCCUCCAUCUUCAUCACGGCUACCAACUUCUGCCCUCCAAACUACGCGCUCGCCUCCGAUAACGGUGGGUGGUGCAACCCGCCUCGCCCCCACUUCGACCUCUCCAUGCCCAUGUUCCUCAAGAUCGCCGAGUACCGCGCCGGCAUCGUCCCCGUAUCAUACCGAAGGGUGCCAUGCAGGAGGUCGGGAGGGAUCCGGUUCACCAUCAACGGGUUCCAGUACUUCAACCUGGUGCUGAUCACCAACGUGGCGGGCGCCGGAGACAUAGUCCGCGCCAGCGUCAAGGGCUCCCGCACCGGGUGGAUGCCCAUGUCCCGGAACUGGGGUCAGAACUGGCAGUCGAACGCUGUCCUCGUCGGCCAGCCGCUCUCCUUCCGCGUCACCGGCAGCGACCGCCGCACCUCCACCUCCUGGAACAUCGUCCCCUCCAACUGGCAGUUCGGCCAGACCUUCGAGGGCAAGAACCACCGAACCUGAUCUCCAAGCUCAAACUCCUUCCCGCCUCACAAGUAGUAAUCACUAGUCCGUGAUCUCCGCGCCAAGCUUUUUGAAUUUGGUGGUGUGUGUGUGGUAGAGAUAUGAGUGCAGAGAGGCGUGCUUGUGUGUGACUGCGAGUCCUUUUUUUUACCGUGGCUUUGGUGGUGCGUUUCUCUAAGCGACGACAGAGACUAUAGAACAUAAACAUAUAUAUUAGUUUGUAGCAGCGGCGGCUGAAGUGGCUGCAGAAGGAUAAAGAAAAGGUUGUAGCCCGCAGUUGCUGAUAUCGAUGUCUUGGAAUCGUCUGUUGCUACGUUCCAAGACUUGUUUUGAUCUUUUUUUAUUCCCCCCCCCCCCCCAAAAGACUUGUUUUCUUUAUGAUACAGCGGAAUAUGUCAGUCUUGCAGUUCUGCUCAAAGAAUAUAAGUUUGAACACUCGUGUGUAGUUU